CAUUUUCAUUUUUUCUUUGACGAAUGUUGUUGUAACACACUGUUGUGCUUAACUUUUUAUGGUUUCACUCUCCAUGUUUUUUGAAGUUAAGACUUAAGUACUACUAGAGUACCAUUCCUAGGAUAAGAAUCAUAAGAAUUUGAUAAGAUCUUAAUGCUAGUGAUCGCCUUUGCGUUUGUUGCAUGCUUGAUUCCGAGUUAUUUCGGGAAGUAAAAGCUAAUCCUUUUCGCGUUUGAGUUGAAUUAAGCUUCCGUUUCUUGUGUUGAACAUAGCUUUAGCCUUGAAGUAACUUUUCGCCAUGGAGGAAGAACCGAAACCUUAUACAUACAAACAAGGAUUAUCUCCGUCCACUUUCCUGGAGGACAUGGAGAAAAUUCCUGCAUUCAUGACGCAGGUUCCCGAAGGCCAACUGCCGGAGCUCGUGGAAGCCCUACAAAGUCUCAAAUACUCCGAGGAUGAUCCGGAUGAGUGCGCUGAAAAUUAUAAAGAAGAUGGAAAUGUCAACUUCAAGAGAAAGAAAUUCCCUGAUGCCUUGGCUUGUUACACGAAAGCGCUGGAGAUGAAGAUAACAAAGACGGAUUUGAAACCUGUGCUGCUUUUUAACCGCGCAGCUACUCAUUAUCAAAUGAAAAAUUAUCGGAGGUGCAUCUCGGACUGCGAAGCGGCUUUGCUGCUCGAUCCCGCUUAUGUCAAAGCUGUACUGAAAGGAGCGCAAGCUCUGCAUGCCAUCGGUAAAUUUUCCGAAUCUCUCCAGUGGCUUGAUCGCGGCUUACUUUUGGACCCGACGAAUGAGUCCCUGAUUAAUCUGCGAAAAACAGUCCAGAGAGAUGAGAAAAAGCAGCUGCUCAAACAGCGGCAGCAGAAGAAACAAGGCAAGCAAAACGCCAAUCUCUUGAAAGCCAUUACCGACCGCAACAUUCGUCUACAUCCGCCUAAUCCGUUCGAAGGCGACCAAGUAGCCAAGACACCGUCGGGACAGUCGGUUACGUUAUUGCCCGAUGGCGCCUUGGCGUGGCCCAUACGGCUGCUGUUUCCGGAAGUCAAUCAGCAGGACUUUCUGGAGCAAGUUGACGAGACGAGCACAGGGGGUGAGAUUUUGCGGAUGGUCCUGGAUGAUAAUCCACCCGAAUGGGAUACGGCACGUGAAUAUGAUAGCCAACAGGCUCGGUGUUUCUUCUGUGAUGAUAAACAAAUGUGUGUCUAUCAGAUUGAUAACGGUGUGGAAGUCCGGGAGGUGCUGCGGCAUAAGGAAUUUGUAGUGGAGCACGCGAUGCCGGUUUUGUUUGUUUUGAGUGUGGAGAAUGGUUUUGCUCAGCGGUAUUUGAAAAAGUUUGAUAGAAUAAUUAAGCUUCGUAAAGAGUAAUUGAAGUUGUUUCAGUCGGAUUGCCGUGAUAUCAUUGUAUAACUCAGGUUCCAGAUUGUAUAGGCAAUGUAAC